AUGCUGUUUCGCACACAGUCCUCGGACAACCGGAACAAAGCCUCGCAAAUUGGCAUAAAAACUCCGGUAGUGGAGCUAUACCAACGUUUUAAUUCUGUCUAUCAAAGCCCAGUUCAAGAAAGAAUUCACUAUCUAGAAGGGAAACUUGUCGAGCUACUGCGAGAAAUAAAGGGUAUCAAGACCGAUAAUAAACGGCUUCGUGCUGAUUUGGAAGAGCGUGAAAUUCAACUGAGUAAGUGCAGAAGUGAUCUUAUUCUGUCUUACGAGACCAGCAUGCAGACCAGAGGGGAUAUGUUAGAGUUGCUGGAAAAGCUUCAAGAAUGUGAUUUAAUGAAAGAUGCUCAAGAAGCUGAGACAAUGAAAGACUGA